CCAAAAGCGAGUCCCCAUUGGCUAGCGUGUGACCUUUGACUUGUCACGUGGUUUAAAAACUUCAUGAGGAUGGCGCGGAAAGUUGCCGGCUGCAGCACGUCGUGAUUCUCAUUUUUGUUUUUGUUUUAUCUAUUUAUUUUUUUGUUUAUCUGUUUGGUCGACGAUAACACCACCACCAGUCAUGAGUCUGUUGGAAGUGAAGUUUAUCGGUGAUGGAGAUGUCUUGGACCAUAUCGUGGACAAACAGGAGGGUGUUCAGAAGAACAGUGGAGGUGUACAAAAGAUGGUCACGUUUAAGAGACCGACUGGACGACGAGCCACAAUGGAUAAUGGUGAACAUGAUGCAGAUGAAAAUGGUCUCAUCGAUGAGCAGAAUUAUGUACAAGCACUGGGAACAGAUAAUACUGAAGAAGAUGAGGAGGGGAUGUCCAGAGUGGCUGGAUCAUCCAUUUUCACCUUCCAGAAAAACAAACGUGGCCACAGCAUGGCCCAUACCGCGAGUGAAUUGGCCCGGACUCCUGGAAAGACUGUGAGCUUCAGCAAGACCCCAAACACUGAACCGUCCACUCCAACCAGAACAGGACGAAGUCAGAGAGGUGAAAGCCAGACACCACAGAGAAGCAAAAAGGUGCAGUUUGUUUCUACAACACCCCACAGGCUCAGGAAGAGAAUGACAGCCCCAAGCCUCCGGUCAGACAGUGAUAGUGAGCUGUCACCUUCUGACUCUGAAGCGGAAGAGGAGGAUGAAGAGUCAACAGAGCAAGAGCAUAAAGUAAAGAAAGAAGAUAAGGAGAAUGUGAAGGCACCAAGAACACCCAGUAAAAAUUUAUCAGCUGCUCUCUACAAGACUCCAGCCAAGAAAAGCAAGAGCUCUGAGCCUGUACACCAGCCCAGUAUGGUGGAGGAGUAUUUCGAGGCUCAUGGCAGUUCAAAAGUAUUGACAUCAGACCGCACCCUCGAGCGAUUACACACCCCGAAACUUGACAGGGAAACUUUGAUCCGACUUUUAGAGGGAAAACCAUCCUGCUACUCGAAAGAAAUUCAACAGCUCCACAAAAAGUACUGCAAGCAUUUUAACAAGUGGAUGCUGCAGUUAAAGUUGGGUUUCAGUGUUCUGGUCUACGGAUUAGGCAGCAAAAAGGCUCUGUUGGAGGAGUUCCGUGUCUCUCACUUGUCCCAAGAAAUCCAUCUUGUAGUCAAUGGAUUCUUCCCUUCAAUCACCCUUAAGUCAAUUCUAAAUGCCCUGACAUGUGAGGUUUUCGAUCAUCAGGGAAGUUUCCGAACUCCUGCAGAUCAGAUCCAGUUCAUCUCUAAGACCCUUAAAGAUAGCCCAGAUCUCAACGUGUAUCUAAUUAUCCAUAAUAUUGAUGGGCCAAUGCUGCGAGGAGAGAAGACCCAGUGUGCACUGGGGCAGCUUGCGUCCCUGCCCAACCUGCACUUGGUGGCUUCUAUCGAUCAUAUAAACGCACCCCUGGUGUGGGACCAGUUUAAGCAGAGCCAGUUUAACUGGCUGUGGUGGGAGUGUGUGACAUUCCAACAUUAUGCAGAGGAGACAUCGUAUGAAAACUCUCUCCUGGUGCAGCAGACUGGGGCUCUGGCUCUGUCUUCUCUUACGCAUGUGCUGAGAAGUUUGACACCAAAUGCCAGAGGAAUCUUCAAACUGCUGGUGAAAUUUCAGCUGGAGAACAAGGACAAUCCUUCAUAUACAGGACUGUCAUUCCAAGACUUCUACCAGCGUUGUCGAGAGGCGUUCUUGGUGAACUCUGACCUCACUCUGAGGACUCAGCUGACUGAGUUCAGAGAUCACAAACUCAUACGGACACGCAAGGGUGCAGAUGGAGUGGAAUAUCUGAUCGUCCCUGUGGAAGCGAACACAUUAGUGGAUUUCCUGGAGAACGAGGAGGGUGACUAAGAAGAAGAAGCUGCACACUUUUGUCACAUAAACCAUGGACCGGCUUUCUCUGUAUAGUGUAUUUUAGUCACUGAGAAAUGGGCAGAAUACGUGUGAAAAAUAUGACCUGACACAGUUUAAAUGAAUAAAUAAAUAAAUGAAAUUAAAUAACUGAUGAACUGGUUCAGCUGCAAGCUCACUUUCAAACCAUUUUGUGGAUGAAUGUAUUUUUUCCCGGCCAUCUGUGUAAUUAAAAUGACCAUUCAAAAAUAAAGUAUUGCAGUUUUUACCUCUUUAAUUAUAGAAAUAGAUUAACAUGUAGCAAAACAUACAUUCUGUUGUUCUUACAAGGCAGGGAGGGUUGCACGUACAAAGCUGUUUCCGUAAACUGUUGAGACACUGUAAAAAUGAAAACCAUGAUCUGCAAAUAAUUUGGACCCUGUAUUGAAAUAUUUUUAACUAUAACAUGACGAAACUUGAAAAAUACAUGCUUGUGUUGCUGGUAUUGUAUUCUAAAUAAGCAUGUAUUUAUUGCAAAAUUUCUCAGAUUCAGCAUUUGACUUGUUCAUGCACUGUUGUCAAAUAAAUCAACAUAAUUGCAUUUUCUUGAUCAUUGCUUUUAGACACAGGGUUGUAUU